GGAAGACAUAUGCGGUUCCGUCAAUCACUGCAUCUACCCAUCUCGCUCCAUUCCACUCCACCUCUUGUUCCUAUGAGAAGUGGAAAAAUAAAUGGAACACCGCAUUAAGAGGGGGACCACAACCAUCCAAGGGUCAGUACUUAAGAGAGAGGAGAAAAAAAAAAAACGUCUCUCUUUGUGCUGAUAUGGUGUUGUCACCCAUGCAUCUGUCUAUCGGGAAAACUUCUUCUUCUUCUUCUUCUUCUUCUUCUGACUUCCCUGUGAUCAUUGAGUUCUGGCAUUAGUCACUAACAAGUGCAGCAAUGAUUGGAUAUAGGCUCCAUUUGAUCUUGUCGCUAAUUUAUCGACAGAGUUAUGUCAAAUAUGUCAUACGCCAAAAGCGGGCUGAUGCAAAGAAAGCUUUGAAAGAUCUCCUUUAUAGAAGUGGGUCUUCUAAAUUUUCAUUUGAGAGUCAAGAAACUUGGAAGUUUGGGGACCGCAAUUUCUAUGGAGAUAAAGAUGAUGAUUCAGAAAGCUGUUACAAUAAACGCCAAGCAACGUCUCAUCAGCAGUCUGGAAAACCAAAAAAGAAAGUAAAGCCCAUUACAUAUUCAGGAAAAAUCAGAAGAGAGACUUUCUCUGAGGAGUCUGAUUAUGAUUCUGAGACAACUUUCCAAGCUACAUUUGGUAACCGAUGCUACACAUGGUCCUUUAGAAACUGGCAGGGGUCGUCCAGUGAGUAUUCAACAUCUGGCUUUGAAUGGAGGGAACAUACAAAUUGGACAAAUGGUAGAACUAGAAAUUGGAAACGCACAAGUGAUGCUGAGUCUGACGACAACGACGACGAUUUGUGUUAUGUAGGAUCACUGUCAGAGAGAACAGUUCUUGGUCUGCCUUCAACAGGUCCUCUAAAGCUUGAGAAUGUUAAAAAUGCUUUCCGGCUAUCAGCUUUGAAAUGGCAUCCUGAUAAGCAUCAAGGCCCUUCUCAGGCAGUGGCGGAAGAAAAAUUCAAACUCUGUCUCAAUGCUUACAAGUCAUUAUGCCGUGCCCUUUCCCCAGCUUAAGUGGCAGUUGGGCACGUUCUGGUUCUGAAACUGACAGUUUCCAAUUCAAUAAUGAUGUCCGUCAGAGGUGGACGAACAUAUUUAAUUAUUUACAUUUUGUUUUUUGUUGAUAAUUAAAUCAAGAUCUUAAAUUCGAAUUGCUGAAGGAAGAAUUGAGUGUCUCCGUGAUGUGCGAGAAAAAUGAAGGGAGAAAUUUUUAUUUUCAUAGACAAAGUUAUAAUCAUUCUGGUUACUGCAGAUUCAAGGCCUAUAAUUGACCAUUUGGAGCCUCUGAGCCACUCACGUGUAAUGUUUAAUAUGUCCAGUAUGUUACAUUUUGGUUAUUUCAGUUUAUGGUACUUGCAAUUGAAUUGA